AUGCAUAAUGGUUUACCACAAGAUUUUGUCUCUGAUACAAAGCUUGAAGAAACUACCUCCACAUAUGCAGAGGAACAUGCAGACCAAGAGUUCGGAGAAGUGCCACUAGGAUUGCCUUCUGGUUCAUACAUUCUUGACGUUUCUCAGGCUGCAGAUGAAUACGUGAUCAAGAUUUAUGAGAGCCAGAAGAAUGGAGUGAGCGAGAGAAACUAUGAAGUCAUGGGGAAGGUUGAUAUAACUCAGGUUUUGGAUGAUGACAAGCAGAUAUGA